AUGCUAGAUGAAGAGCACGAACCUCUUCCGACCCCUCGCAAUGAUCAUAAUCCAUACACCCUUGGCUCAGUAUGCGGCCACAACGUCGUCAUAGCCUGCCUACCGAAUAUGGGAACCAACCCUGCCGCGACCGUUGCGACCUCAAUGAUAAACACGUUCCAGUCGAUCAGGUUCGGAGUUAUGGUAGGGAUUGGCGGCGGAAUUCCGUCGAAGGUCAAUCUGGGUAAUGUGGUGGUGAGCCAGCCUGUUGCGGACUAUCACGGUGUUGUACAAGGGGAUGUGGGGAAGCUGGAACGUGGUGGGCAGUUUGUCCACAUAGGCUCGCUGAACCGACCUCCAAACGCGCUUCUUAUUGCGUCGAACUAG